GGCUUAACAACCAACAACCCACAACCCACUUUGACCAAUUUUACUUGUUCACAGAAGUUUUCCGUCGUUAUCCAUCACUCAUCCACCACUCAUCCACCACUCAUCCACCACUCGAUCGACGCCAGUGAAAGCUCCAUUCACGCUACCUAUUCAUUCAUCAUUUUGCCAAGAAAGUUCAGCUCCAUACAAGGCAGGGCCACACACAACACCAGAUGGACCGCUAGCGCCCGCAAUUUACAUUUCCAAAACUUCUGAUUCGAAUUCUUCAAUUACAUCAACUUCCUCCCACGGCCUUGUGCUUCCUCCAUCCUCCCAUACAUCCCUCGAUUCCAAGGAAAGAGAAAAAAGGCGAGAGAAGAAAAAAAAAGAGAAAAGAUUACACUCUAUUUGCAUUCUUUCAUUCUUUUAUUUCUGCGUGGGAUUACAUUACGUUACAUUACAUUAUUAUUUACAUUACAUUCAUCAGCGCAGCUCAACUCACUCAACCCACCUCAACCCACCUCAAUUCGUCUUCCCUCCAUUUCCUCCCUCUCAUUUCCUCCAUCCUCUCCAAAAUGCCAAAAGAAAACAAGCAUGCAAGAGGCAGAAGAGAUACCCUGAAAAGAAAGAGGGAAGAAAAUCUCGACAGGGAAGAAGAUCACGAUAAUGAUUCUCAAGAUCUAAAAAAGCGAAGAUCGUCCCAAAUUGAAGACGAGGCUUCUUUCAGAGCUUUAGAUAACGACCAAACUUUAUCUUCAUUCCCUGCUGCUACCGGCACAAACGCAAUUGAAGUUGCUGACAGGCCUUAUUAUGGAUUACUUGAGGACGAAGAACAAGAAUACUUUCGCAGAGCCGACGAAUUACUCGAAUUGAACGAUUUCCCCUCGGAUGAAGAACGAAGUCUUUUUCUCGCAAACGUAUAUCGGGAAGCCAAAGGAAAGGAAUUGAAGAUUGCUUGCAGUCAAUCAUGUUCGAGAUUAAUGGAAAGAUUGAUUCUGUUGAGUACGCCUCAGCAAAAGAAGAAAUUGUUCUCUCAAUUUGCCGGAAAUUUUCCUCAUUUGGUAUCACAUCGUUUUGCAAGCCAUUGUUGUGAAACCUUAUUCAUUCAAUCGGCUUCCAUUGUCACCGAGGAACUCACAGGAGAAGAAAAGAAGGAAGAGAAGAAAGUGGCAGACGUCAAGGCAGACGCAGAGGAUGGGGAAGAGGGAAAAGAAGAUGAGAUUACUGAGUCGAUGGAAAGUUUGUUUCUAGCAACCUUGGACGAACUUGAAGGACAAUUAUCCUCUCUCCUCACCGAUCGAUUCGCUUCCCAUACACUUCGAGUCUUACUCAUCAUCCUUUCCGGUCGACCUUUGGAGAAAUCUUCGACAAAAUCAUUAUUACAAAGCAAGAAGAAGGAAAAGGUUGGCAUAAAUGGAUUGGAUACCGCUCCUACAGAGUUUUCUCUCAAUAAGCGUACUGUGCCAGAAUCUUUCUUGUGGGCCAUUGAGAAGAUCAUUUCGGAUACCAUUGCUUCCAUGGAUAGAGCUUUCAUUCAGGUUUUGGUUGGACAUCCUACUGGAAAUCCUUGUUUACAAUUGUUACUCGAAUUAGAGCUCACAAAUCCAAGCUCCAAAAAGGGUGGUAACUCCGAACAAAAGACUCUCAUUUCGACACUCUUGCCAGAUGACAUCACGGUAGAAGGUAGUCAAUCUGCCAUCUUCGUCAAUGGUAUUGUCUAUGAUCAAAUUGGCUCGAGAGUUUUGGAAACCAUCAUGACACAUAGUCCCGGAAAGUUAUUUAAACAAAUUUAUCGAGCAAUCUUCAAGGAUCGAAUCGCAGGAUUGGCACGAAACGAGAUCGCAUCUUACGUUGUCAUUCGAGUUUUGAAUCGUCUCAGCAAAGAAGAUCUUGAGGAAGCGAUAACCGAAAUUUCUCCUCAGAUUGAAGGUUUGGUCGGCAGACAACGUACAAACAUUAUCAAGGUUUUAUUGGAACGUUGUCAAGUACGACGUGCAAGUACGGAAGCCCUCACAAAAAGUAUUGCUGAUGCAUACGGAUCCGACAAGAAUGAGUUGAUACUAAAGAUGGCCGACAUUUCUCUCGAAACUCUUACAUUAGCUACAGCACCACCUCCAGCCGCUGAUGAUGAUAAACCAGCUCCGGUUGCUGUUUUACCAAAACCUAGCCCUUCUCAACUUCACGGAUCCUUACUUGCUCAGGCUAUGCUUAAGAUUCCGGGACCACCUGCACAACUUAUCCAGAGUUCUUUAUUGGCUCUUCCUACCUCGACGAUUCUCGCCCUCUCACUAUACCCAACCACAACUCAUAUCAUUCAAGCAUCUUUGCUUCCAUCUCCACCUAAUACCCCUUCGAACCUUUUAUUCCGUCGCAAACUCAUCAAUUCUAUCAUAUCACCUCCAGCCGGAGCUACUUCAACACCUCAACCUCCAAUUAUCACAUUAUCCUUGUCAUCUGCAGGAACACACAUCUUGGAUUCCCUUUUGCAUACUACAACCACCCCCACUUCUACCUCUUCCGCUUCCCUCUUUUCUCUCUGCGAACGUAUUGCCAUGUCUCUCAUGCCUUAUGAACCUUUGCUUAGAGAUAGCUGGACUGGAAGAAUUGUUUGGAGAAAUUGGUCUAUGGAUUUAUUCAAGAGAAGAAGGGCGGAUUGGGUAAAGAGGGUUAAGAGUGGUGAUACACAAGGAAAAUCGAAUAUUCAAAGUCAGGUGGUAUUGAAGAGUCAAGAUGGUAAUGCAAAUGCUGUUGUUGGAAAGGAAAUUCUUGGGGAUGGAAUUGGAAAGCCUCAUGGAAAGGGUAAAGGUGGUGAGAAGGAAAUUGGAGGAGAAAGACAAAAGAGUGCCAUUGAGUUGGCUAGAGAGAAGUUCGCUGCCCAAAAACUUGCAAGUGGAAAGUUAAAGACUAUACCACUAAAGGGAUUCAAAGCAACCGGUGCAAAUGCUAUUUGAGGGAAAAGAAUUGCAAUCGGGGAAGGGGAGAGGGGUGGAAUUAAACGAACAUGGAAUCUUGAACGAGUCUUCACGAUAAUGACAUGAUGGAAUUGGAUGGAUGGAUCAAAAUACUCACGACACAACUCGCUUUUCUGGAAAACGAACGUGCGAGCAUGAAGGUACUAGCCUAUGAGAAUUGGGAAGGAUGAAAACCGGGUAUUAAAAGUCCAGGCAAAAGAACAAACGAAAAACAGACACGUGAAGGAACAAAAAAAAAGGGGGUGUAUGAUAUGAGAAAGCAAAAGAUCAUGAAUGUGAUAGCUAGGAUGGACGAGAAAGAGUUUUUAUUUUACUUUAAUUUCUUUUUUCGUUUGUUUGUCUGUCUACUCUGGUCCGCAAUGAGAUGUUCUUGAUUGUUUGAUUGGCUUUCAAAUAAUGAUUUUUGUUGUUGGCUAUUUUUCUUUUUUUGAUUAAUCAAACAUAUUAGCGUGCAUAGCAUGGGGGAAUGGGGAUAGGGGUUGAUGAAUGGAUGGAUGAUGAGAAGAGGGGGGA